GCCCGCGGGGACUAUGGGCAACGGGAUGUGCUCCCGGAAACAGAAGCGGGUUUUCCAGAUGCUGCUGCUCCUCGUCGUGGUCUUCGGCUGCAUCUACGGCGCCAUGCUCUACUACGAGCUGCAGAGCCAGCUGCGCAAGGCCGAGGCCAUGGCCCUCAAGUACCAGCAGCACCAGGAGUCCCUCUCUGCCCAGCUACAAGUUGUAUAUGAGCACAGGUCAAGAUUAGAGAAGUCUUUACAAAAGGAACGGCUGGAACAUAAGAAAGCAAAGGAAGAUUUUCUUGUUUAUAAGCUUGAAGCACAGGAAACCCUAAAUAAAGGAAGGCAAGACUCCAACAGCCGCUACAGUGCGCUGAGUGUACAGCACCAGAUGCUGAAGAGUCAACAUGAAGAGCUAAAGAAGCAGCAUGCUGACCUUGAGGAAGAUCACCGAAAACAAGGAGAAGAGUUUAGCAGAACCUUCAGCGAUCACAAGGAGCGAUAUUUACAACUGCAGCAAGAAAAAGAGCAGGAAAUUUCCAAGCUGAAGGAAUCGCUCUAUAAUUUACGAGAAGAGAACAGGCAGCUGAGGAAAGCUCACCAAGACGUCCACACUCAGCUGCAAGAUGUCAAGCAACAGCAUAAGAACUUACUCUCUCAACACAACCGGCUUGUAGUGACAUUGGAAGACCACAAGAGUGCUCUAGCUGCAGCGCAGUCCCAGGUGGAGGAAUACAAGCAGCUGAAGGAUACGCUCCACAGAAUGCCAAGUUUCCGGCAGUCUGAGCAGUUGGAAAGACCACGCGGUCAAGCAGCUCCGGAGGAGGCAGCACCUUCUGCCCGCAGUGACCUCCCAACACACCACGAAGCUGUGGCUGAAGAGCAUAAGGAGAGUGAGAAGCCAAGAGAGAGAGAAGAAAUAAAUACCCAGGAGACAAAAGAUGAUGCUGAGGGUUUUCAUCUGAGGAAAGGGACUCAUGAGGGCCAGCGUGCCAAGGAACUAAAUAUUCAGGAGCAACAAGAAGCAGGAGAGGAUGAAGAACAACRUGUUGAUCAAGUUGAAGAGGAACGUAAAAAAGAACUUGAGGAAGAAGAAAUGGAGCAGGCAGGUCAGCCUGAGCACUUAGAGGAGGAACAAGAUCAAGUAGCAGAAGAACACGAGUGGAAAAAACAGGAACAGAAAGAGGAAGAAACCAACAUGUUGGGUGAACGUUACCAUUCAGAGGCAGCGUUAACAAAAGCUGUCACACAAAGACACAAGCCUGCCUAUGAAGAGCAGCUGGAGCAGCAACAGCUUGCAGCCCGACGAGCAGAAGAAGCCAGUCAGCUCCGAGAGCAUCAGGAGCUGCUGCACCAGCAGAGACUGCGGGGACAGCUACUACGGCAGCAGCAGCUUCAGGAGAAAGAGCUUGAGCUGCAGAAACGGGCAGAACAAGGAGAAAAACUCUACAAGAAACAACUCAGCCAGCAAGRUCAUUAUGGUAACAUGGACCAUGAUAUUGUACAAGGGGAAGAAGAAGCAGGUGUUCAGGAAGAAGAAGAAGCUUAUGAACAUGACAACCAGCACCAAGAUGAAGGUGAAGAGGAUGAUCAAAAUAAUGCAAAUGAGCAGCAAGAACCAGAACAUCRAGCAGAAAAUCAUCAGGGAGAUGAAUCGAAGGCAGCAAUGGAAGACGUGAACCCUGCUGAUGAUCCCAACAAUCAAGGAGAAGAUGAAUUUGAGGAAGCUGAGCAAGAGAGAGAGGAAAAUCUACCUGAUGAAAAUGAAAAGCACAAAGAAAACAGUGAGAAGCAGGGACAUCCGGGAAUGGAGGAGCACCUCGUGAUGGCAGGAAAUCCUGACCAGCAAGAAGAUAAUGUGGAUGAGCAGUACCAGGAAGAGGGAGAAGAAGAGAUCCAGGAAGACUUGACUGAAGAGAAGAAGCGAGAACUGGAACGAAAUGCUGAGGAGCCAUAUGGCGAAAAUGACGAAAAUGUUGAUGAAAAGAAUAAUGGGGCAGAUCAAGAGCAAGAAUUGCAAGAAGAGAACAACCACAAGGAAGUUCGUGAAGACAAUUAUGAGGAAGAAGAGGAGGAAGAGGAGGAAGGUGGAGCUCUUGCAGCAAAAACUCGGAGACGAGGGGAGAUGUAGUUUUCUUGUCUUUUGUGGGUCAAAUGUAGCAGACAGACAUUCCCAAUCUACUUCCAAAAACGUUUGCCUUUUACACUUUUUACUUUUCUAUUAGAUGCUCUCAUACAUUUAUAUGAAUACAGUAUUUUGAUACUCUAGAUUAGCAUUUCUUUUAUAUUAAAACUCUACAUGAACAGACAUCAUAUAGGUCUCGUGUUUCAUAAUUCUGAGAAUGUUUUAAAAGGCUACUUUGGAAAAGGCUUUUACUUUGUCAGUCCGACAAAGCCAUUUUUGGCUUUGGUCUAAUUUCGGGUACAUUUAAUUUCUGGUCUAAUUACAGGUACAUUUAGCAUCUGACAGAAGGUAUCUAGUGCCUAAACCCAGCCAACAUUAGUCACUUGAACUCCCUGUCUUCCUUGGCACUCUUGGAUGACUAAGGGCUGGCAACACUACCUGUGCAAGGCACAAUCUGCAGUGCUUAUAAGCUUAGCCUUAGGCCCACAGGUAGUUUCAGUAGUUAUAAUCUCAUGAAAUAAGCACAUGCCCAGGUAUUUCCAGGACCAGGCCUUCAUUUUAUAGUUGGAGACCAGUUAUAAAAUAUGCAAGUUUUACAAGCUUUCAAGAUACAGCCAUCUUAACAGCUGCUAAUUUCAGCAGCUGUUUAUAUACAGUUAAAUUAUGCAUUUAUUUUAAUGAGCGUACCUAGGUACUUCAAUUACAUGCACUGCAUAGCAGAUAAUGAAAAUGAUGGUGUGCUGAGGUGAUGUGAGCUAAAAUGCGAUUUAGACUUGAAGUUCCAGUAUGCCAAAUCUAAACACUACAGCUGUCGCACGAGGGAAGACUCACAGGACGAACAAUGUGGUCAUCCUAGUUAAAAGAUAAAAUAUUUUUACUCAGAUCAGUAAUUUUAUCACUUUAGUGACAUGCUUUCUGGAGACUGUAGAGAAAGUUAAGGAGUUUUAACUGAGUUGACGUGAUUGGUGCAGGACAUCUUGUAAAUAAAUAGCAGAAGAUAAUCUGGCAGGAUUUCUAUUUCCUUGAUUUAAAAAGAAUUUUUUWAAUUUUUUUUUCUAGUCUGAAAAUGAGACUAGAGACAAAUCCUCCCCACGUUGCCUGUAUGCCUGUAUGUAAAGGGGCAAAAACCCACCAUGAAAAAACAGGUCUUUGGUAGGCUUUUAUAAGCAUAAUCACGGCUCAUGAAUAUAUAAUAUGGAUGUAUUGGUACAGACCCUAGCUAUUUAAUAUUAAAAGGAGAUUGGGAAUCUGGAGUUCCUAGGCUAUGCCGCAUUGC